ACAAGCCCCAGGCUGCCCGGCCGGGAGGCUGCGCGGCUGCGACGUGGCGCUGUGCGGCCCCGCUCCGGCCGCCGGACCCCGGCCGCUCCGCUCCGCCCUGCUCCGCGCCCGCCGCGCCAUGGGUCCUGGACUGUUGGUUCUCCUCUUGUCUGCAACAGUCUCUCUCCUGGGUGGGCUGAUAUUUGGAUACGAGCUGGGCAUUAUCUCCGGUGCACUGCUGCAGUUGCAGAUAGACUUUCACCUCAGCUGCUUCAAGCAAGAAGUUCUUGUGAGUGCCCUUCUUAUCGGAGCUCUCCUCGCCUCUCUGGUUGGGGGGAUCCUCAUUGACCGCUAUGGAAGGAGGAGAGCAAUCCUGGUCAGCAACUUGGUCCUGUUGGUUGGCAGCCUUGUUCUUACACUGUCAAGGUCAUUUCUUGGUCUGGUCAUUGGGCGCAUGACCGUGGGCUUUGCCAUCUCUGUCUCAUCCAUGGCCUGCUGCAUCUAUGUCUCAGAAAUGGUGGCUGCUCAUCAGCGAGGACUCUUGGUGUCUCUCUAUGAAGCAGGCAUCACCGUAGGCAUCCUACUGUCCUAUGCACUGAAUUACAUCUUUGCAGAUGUGGAUGAGGGAUGGAGGUACAUGUUUGGAUUGGCUAUUGCCCCGACAGCCAUGCAGUUCCUCAGCAUCCUCUUUCUCCCAGUGAACCCUGUUAAAUUAAGCUCAUGGGACUCAGACUGCCAGAAGGGCCUCAUUCAGAUGCAGGACACUGAGGACAAAGCAGCAGGAAAGCGUGAGCCCUACAAGAAGGAUUACUCAUUUCUCGACCUUUUCAGAACCAGAGACAACAUGAGAAGGCGGACUCUGGUGGGCCUGGGACUGGUGCUCUUCCAGCAGUUCACUGGGCAACCCAAUGUGCUGGGCUAUGCCUCCAAAAUCUUCCACUCGGUGGGAUUCCAGAGCAACUCCUCAGCAAUCCUGGCUUCUGUGGGGCUGGGGGCAAUAAAGGUGGUGGCCACACUCGUCGCGAUGGCCUUUGCAGACAAGGCUGGCAGGAGGGUGCUGCUCAUGGCUGGCUGCGUGGUGAUGGCCAUCUCCGUCACCACCAUCAGCCUCACCAGCCGUGUUGCUCCACUGGCCAUGGCCAGGGACUGCAAAGCAGCCACAGACCCCAAUGGAUCCCACAGCCUCACCCAGCACCCCCUGACACCUCUAUCCUCCCAGUCUGCUGUAUCACCCAUCCCACCAGCAUUAGAUGCUGUCAGAAGUCAGGCAGACCCCGGUUUCGCUGCCACGAGGAGCCUUACAAAACUUUUUACGAGUACUCAAAGCAGAGAGGUUGUUCCUGAUUCUUCCCUCUCUCAGAAAAGGGGCUUUGUAGGUCAGUCCAAAAGAGAGACAGUGGCAAGCACAGGCCCUCCAUUUGGUGGUGCUCCUUGGGCAGAACAUAUGGUCUUAAAUUGGAUUACGCUGCUGAGCAUGAUGGCUUUUGUGAGCGCCUUCUCAAUUGGAUUUGGACCAAUGACCUGGCUGGUCCUCAGUGAGAUCUACCCUGCUGGGAUAAGAGGAAGAGCCUUUGCCUUCUGUAACAGCUUUAACUGGGCUGCUAAUUUACUGAUCAGCCUCUCCUUCCUGGACCUUAUUGAUGCCAUUGGUUUCUCUUGGAUGUUUCUUCUCUACGGACUGAUGGGAGUGAUGGCUGUUAUGUUCAUUUACCUUUUUGUUCCGGAAACAAAAGGACAGUCCUUAGAGGAGAUAGAGCAGCAGUUCUCCAGGAAACGAGUGUGGGAAGGAAACGUGUUGAAGCAGAAGCGUGGAAGAGGAGCGAGCUGCACACACGCGCAGUACCAGAGAGUGGAGCACGGCAGCAGCACGUGAAAUGUGCCCACAGCAUCGCCCUGAGGAGAGGAGCAGGCUACACCAUAGGGACAGUUCUCUUCCAUGGCCUUUAACUGGUAACCCGUGCUCAGAGAGGGUUCUCCCCACAGUGCCUUGGGUAUUGGGACAUGCCAAUAGCUGUCCUUUGGGCCCUUGAAGAAUCAUUGGUCCCAGGCAGGGAACAUAUCUUUCAUUCGAUGUAUUUUUCAUGGGUUUGGGGUUUUUUUAUCACCUAUCAUUUAAGGGAUUAAUGGUUUUGUACACGGAUUAAAGCACAACUUUUGC